AUGACUGUACCGGCGUGGAAAUUGGCGUUGCUCGAAAAGAAACACCAACGCGAAGAGGAAGAACGAAAGCGACAAGAGGAGGAAGAAGCCAAACUAGAAAUUAUACCGGCAUGGAAACGGGAUUUAUUACUUAGGAAGCGUUCGGGAGCACAGGUAAAUAGUUGGAGGGUUACGCCAAAAGCCGGAAAUGUAAGUACAACGCACGAUCUAGGUAACAAGACUGUACGAAACUCAGCUGUGAACGUAAAGCCCGGCCCCAGUAUCGGUGUCGGCGUUGUUAGCAAUGUUACAGUCGUUGAUCAUGCAACCACCCAAGAAAAAAAACCUACUGUCGGAAUGCCAAAAGACGAUGGCGUUUCCGAGGAACAUUGUUCGUCAGUGCACGAUAACCCAUUUCUGCGGCAGGAACGUAAACGAUUGAGUUCUGUCGGCGAAGACUCGCUCGCUUCAAAACGAGACAGUGCAGAAAUACACAGCGAGGUCAUUGCCGUCAACAUGAAGCCUAGUAUCAAUACAAAGGCUGCAAAUAAUGCAAAUAAUAAUACAAUACUGAAUAAAACAGAAUCGUCAACAACUGUGCACAAUAACUAUUCCAGUCUAAACAAAACACAUAAGCCCGAAGUUAUUAUCAUUCCCAAGCACAGGCCCGAACAACCUCGUGUUGUGCCGGCAAAACAACCAACAGCACAGAAACUUACCAUGGACAGAAGAAGUCUUUCACCAAGUCCAAAAGAAAAAAGACAGUUCGUAUUUAAAGAUGCAGAACCUGAGUUGAAUGCUGAAACACUGACAAGUCCUGACAAUGAGCAAUUUGAACAUGGACGAGUGAAUAAAUUACUGGGUCUUUUUGGAAAGCCAGCUUCGCAAGAUGAUCUGGUUGUGACCAGGAUGCGGAAAAAUAGCCUAGAUAGGAAUCAUAAAAUAAUGAAACCAGCAGCAUAUAGCAAUAUUGUUAGCAAAGGGUCAAAACAAACAAAAAACCAGGAACAGUCAGAAAAGCUUCCAAUUUCAGUUAAUCAGUAUAAAGAAACUGUAGUUGUAAAUACAACAGCUGGAUAUGAGAAACCUGUUGAUCCACCAAAAGCUGAUGCUCCAAAACCACCUCAAGAACCCAAUAAAUCCCAACUUGAACCAACUCCCAAACCUAGGAAAAAAAAGACUAAAUUAGAUGCCAGUACAAUAAUUAGACUGGAUAAUGAAGAGCCUGCCAACUAUGCACAUCCGCGAGUACUUUCUUUAGCAAGAAAAAAGGAGAAUGAGAAAAAAAAGGAGGAAAGUCAAGAUGUCCGGUCAGUUAAAUUGAACAAGUCUGGUACUAUAUCCAUGUCACAGUUUGAUCAGCAACAAAAUGCUGAAAGUGUUACAAUUCCAGCUAUCAGUAAAAGACAAGCACCCCCUCCUCCAACACAGAUUACGUUUGAAACGCAUGAUCAGCCAUCACAGAAUGCAAGUGCCAACAUAACUAUAGUUACGAAGGAAUCGGCAUCUCCUGGACAAAUAUCAUGGAAUGGAACCAAUGAAGCUGCUAAAACAAAUAAUGACAGCGUGGGAUCAACAUCAGAGCUGGCUGACGUCAGAAAACAAACGAUUACUAUGACACAUGUUGAUAAACAAAUUAAAACUGAAAAACAAACUGAAAGUAAUAGUUCAACAUCUGAAGUAAGAAAGGCUGUUGAGGAGCUCAAAUCUGUAGGUACUACUUUUCAUGUUACGCCAAAAAUACACAAAUUUAAACCUAAAUCCUCGGCACCACCAGUGCCAGAAUCUCAAAAACCGAUUUCUCUGUCGGUGGGUAGUAAACAAAACCACAUAGACUUGUAUAAAAAUGAUGAUACUGACUCUAUUCCUGUCAGUAAUAUUGACGAUUUGUUGACUCCACCAUCAUUGCCUGAGAAGAUGCCAGUCUCUGUUGUAAAUAGUGGAAAUAGCAAUAAAAACCAUGUGACAAAACCUUUUGAAAAUGGUAACACAAUUACUAUUGACGCUAACACUGGAAAAAUAGAAUCCCCUGUGAAGGAAAAAGAAAGCCCAGUUGAGGUUGUGAAAACUCCUCUUCGGAGGUUAGCCGGUGGAAAAGUCAAGAAAGUUCUGACUUACUCAUUCACUGGAGAGAAUGCUGCAACUGGUAAACCUUCUAUGCUCAUCAAAUCCAAAAAUAAUAAGCUUUCAAUCUCCUUCAAUGAUUCGGGGACAGUGAAACAUGUUUAUCCAUCCGAAGAGUCGCUUCUUGAAGAUGACGAGGCUGAUGAUGAAUUUGACACUGAUUACGAUUUUGAUCAAAUCAGACCGGCGCCUAAGGCAACCGAUGAUACACUAAUGGCCAAAGCACCAUUGAAAUCAAACACGGUUCUGCACAGUUCAGGAGGCCUACAAAACUACACCCCAACUUAUUUACAAGACGCUUACCAAAGCAGUUUGGAAAAACGAACGAAUAUACAAGACGCAGAGCCAGAAAAACCAAAAGAAGAAGUUGAUUUUAAUGAUGUUGAAGUCAAGCCCCUUGAUGACAACGAUGCAGAUUAUUUCUCUACAUCAUCAUCAUCUUCUGCAUUGCUCUUCUAACACCCCUAUUAUAAAAUGACGUGGUACAAUUAUCUACAUAAUUGUCAACCUCUUUAGUACAAGUAUACUUUUAAAAUUGCAAGACCAAAAACUACCCAAUCAGGGAACCCUUUACUUGUUUUCAUUGCCCCUGAUUG